UAUGAUAACUUUUCCAUAUGCUUUUGGUUUUGUGUUGUCUGUUGAUAACGUAGGUUUUUCUGCAGGGGUGUGAUUGUUUUGCAUAGAUUAAAUCGAAUUUUAGAAUUUAAAAUUCCUCAAUUAAAAGAAAAUUCAUGUUGAAUUUUGUUUAGCAAUAGUGUGUUGGGAGUUAUCAAUUUGGAUUAUUCUUAGCGAAUGAUGAAAUGUUAUGGCUUCUCAAUUGACUCCUCCUCAAAGUCCUCCUGAGCCCUCUUCAUUUUGGCAGCUGAUUAGUGGUGUUGCCCAUGACUUAGAUUUGAUGCUACAGGAUUUGUUCCCUGAUGCAAUACCGUCACCACUAAGGGAGGAAUAUGGAUUUACAGACGACAUCAUCUUGGACCACGAAUCCUUUGCCAACCGUGCCUCUGUAUUGGAGCAGUUCAUGCGAAGAGCUGGAUCAGAUGUCCAAAUCCUUGGGUCUGAGAACGUCAGCGGCGAGUAUAGAAGCAGCAAGUCCCUGUUCGCAGAGACCCCAACAUCUGACAGCUAUGACGUCUGCUAUGGUGAGUAGUUCAUCAGUCAGUUCAGUCCAAGAAACAUCGGAUGGUGAAAGCAGUCAUACAAGUAGCAGUUUUGCACCUUGUGACAUUGGUCUUCUGGAACGCUUAAUACGCACACACCCUAUAUGGUUUUUGCCUGGAAUUGGCCGAGCUGGAGCUGUACAUUUGUUGCAAGGAAAAGAAGUGGGGAACUUCAUUGUGCGUCAGUCAAGCAAGCCCAAUACAAUGGCCCUGUCUGUUCGGCUGCCUGAAAACAAAGGACCUUAUGUGGAGCACUACUUAAUUGAAACUGUGGGUGAUGCUCAGUUGCGAUUGGAAGGCUCCGACAACAAUUUUCAUGCCAUCCCUAUGUUGGUAGCUCAUUAUUGUCAGUGCUGUGAUGAAUUACCCGUGCAACUAGCAUUGCCAUACUCUCUUGCUCAUGCUGCCUCCUCAAGACAAGAAUUGUCAUCACUGGCUCUCUUAGGACAAGAUUUCUGGUUAUCCAGCUUAGUUCAGAGUCCAAAUGCUCCUUCCUCUACAUUGCCAGUUACGGAUAUUUCUGAAAACAUAACACAUUCCACAUUCAAGCCAGGCCCCAGUGCUCCAAAAUUACAAAAUGGCUCAUCUUCCCUUUCAACUUUGCAGUCCAAUGGCAAAGAGCAGCUAUCCGACGACACCUCACAAAGCAGCAGAAGCUCUCCUCCUCCUGUUAGACCAAAAUAUUUAGGACAUGCUGCACCACCUCCACCCCCACCUCGUUCUUUCUUGCCUUCCAAAGCCUUGACCCAAACCAAUCCCUUGACCUCUGAUAUACCAGGCAGCUCUGAAAGUUCCCCUGAUCUUUCUUCCCAGAGCAGCAAUUUUAAAGACUUCCCAGAGGAACAAUGUUCAGAAAAGUCAUUCACUUCUGAUCUCAAAGGAAGUAAAAAAAUCCCUCAAGUUGCUCAUUAUAAACAGUCAAACAUAGUUGACUUACCACCUGCUUACUAUAAAAGCAGCCUUGCGGAUAAAAUGAGCGAUUAUGAAGACAUAUGGGGCAAUACCAUGAGAAAAGAGAGAGAAAAAUUAUCUAAAUCUUUCGUAAAGAGCCUUAAUGAGGAGAACUUAAUGGGACAAAUCGUUGAACUGCCGAGUGAUAAGAUAAUUGCAAGCUUCCGGUGCACUUUUACGCAAGGGACUCAAACGGAACCCGCUUCCGAGCACCACCUUCUUAAGUCUGAUUCGAAUUGUGAUUCGGAAAGCUCAUCAUUGAAAAGUUGUAACAAAAUAUCUAGUCCAUUUUAUUCUGAGCCUGUCGAUUCACUCCCUACCCAUUUGGAAAAUAUCAACCGCUCAAAUUCUGUUAAUUCUGAACAGAAAUUGCCCGACAGACUUUUUAAUCAUCGUUUCUCUGAUCCAAAUCUUCAUUGGCCUCAAAACUCUCAGUGCCGCAAGAUAGACGCCACUCUUGUCGAGGACCGUCUUACUAGUCUUUCCUCCAGUGUAGAUAAUAUUAAAGCUCUUGGGCCAUCUCCAAUCCAUAAAAAGCAGCAAGGGGAUGCCCAUUGGGUUAAAGACUUGACUCACGCUGCAGUAAAAAAAGAUUGUCAAACUCAGGUAUCAAGUAGGGAUUUAUGCAAUUUGAAAACAGAGCACAAGAAGCUUUCCUCUCCUGAAAAAUCCAAAAGUGCUUGGCCAUUAGAUUCCUCUUGGGAAUGGAUGGCUCAUGACGACAGCAGCAGUGAGGAAGAGAUUGUACCAGGUACUUUGGGAUCCCGGUUCCCUCUGCACGUAAAGUACCCCAAGUCAGACUGUAUUUUAGGAGACACAACAACCGUUGAGGACAUCAUAGCUUUACAAUCUCCAGAUUUAUCCCUUACUGGAAUUGUCCCUCAGAAUAAUGUCAUCCGCGCAUCUGAAUACGAUAAUUUAGAUAAUCCCCCCUCUCCUGAGAAGGAGGUUUCAAGCUUGCAGGUGGAGCGAGAAAUUGUUGAUGAUGCUGCGACAGAGUUUUGUGAACCUUGGGACAGUCUCCGUUGGGAGAGGCUCUUACGCUUAAUUAUACCUGAAACUGAUAUCUUGGCUGAUGACGACACGAUUCAGCGAGAGAAAAUAGAAAAUCAAAGAAACUACAUGUUGGAGCAUAAUCAGAAAACUGAUAUUAAAUCUGACAUCUCUCAAAAUGAAGAUACAGAAAGUAACUCUACCGUUAGUGCGUACAGUGACUUAACUAGUGAUGGCAAUGAUGAUACUUCUGCAUCAGAGUGCCGAGCCAUUAGGUAUAAAAGCUUUGAAGAGAGAUUGGAUCCAUUGCUUGCAGCUCAAAGAGUUGCUGCUUUGCGAAACAGAAGUGCUUCCAAAAUUGGUGAAAAUAUUAGACAUUAUAUAUUUAGGCUGGCAGAUGAACGGGACAACACUUUUGCAAAGUCAAUUGAACACUUCAUUCAGUGUACUAAAGAAAGCACUGAAACCAAACCUGGAGUUGUUAUGAGAAAUAUUCGACAGUUCAUGAGUGGCAUUAAAAACUAUCUUCUAAAGCAUGGUGAAGGAAGGUUUGAAAAUCUUUUACAAGAAGAAAGAGGCAAAUUAAGAUCUGAUGAGUUUUUAGACAUUGAUGCAGUCAUUGAAGAUUCUCUUCAUAAAUUAGUCAUUAAACCAUUAAAAGGGUUCAUUUAUCAACUGUUUGUGAAUGAAUACACCAGGAAUGGGUCUUUAAAGCUCCUUUCGGACAAUAUAAAAUUUGCUCGAACAAAAUCUCCUGAAGAACUAGGUGUUAGGCCUGAAUUUAAAUUGCCAGAGGGAGCCUCUCUAGAAGUUGUCAACCACUUCUUUAGUCGUCUGCAACAAGCAUAUUCUCCACUCAAAAAACUUGAGAAUCUGUUGGCAGCCAUUUCCACUAUUUACAACUCUGUACAACAAAGCAAAUUGUCACAAGGAAAAGAAGAUGCAUCCCUAGGCGCUGGAGAUUUUCUUCCAAUAUUUAUCUGUGUGAUUGUCCGAUGUGGUCUCAUAGCUGCCGAAAUCGAAGCAGAUUAUAUGUGGGGCUUACUUCAUCCUUCUCUGAUGGCAAGGGAAGGAGGUUAUUACUUAACAACCCUGAGUAGUGCUGUUCAUGUGUUGAAAAGUCUUCAAGCAUGCAGUCCUGAAAGUCCUGUCAGAAAUUUCGAUGAUAUGAAUGAUCCCAGCUGUAGUAAUCGAGCUUAUAGUGUGGAUAUUGGCAGCCCCCCUGGAUCUCAAACCACUUGCAAAACACCUUCUCCUGAACCUAGACUUGCAUGCAUUGCUGAUCUUCAGGGCUUCUUGAAAAUUAUGAUACCCGAUGAAUUAACGGGCAGUAUUAUAUCAAAGACCCUUCCAAUUAAGCCUAACAUGACAACUAAAGAAGUUGCUAAAUUAAUUGCUCACAAGUUUAAUAUAACUAAUCCUCAAGAUUACUGCCUUUUCAAGCUUGUCGAUGGAGAAGAAACAAUGCUGUCAGAUAGCGAAUGUCCUCAGGUGAUAAAGGCAGACCUAGUGGCUAAUGGAUCCAAUUGUUUAUUCACAUACAAGCGCUGUGAUGCUAAAUUUAUAUGGCCUAUUAUGGAAAAAUCCUCUUAGUUCAUCUUUAAUACAGUCAUUCUGUAAUUUUACUUAUUCCUUCUAAAAUCUUUUAUAUCUUCGUUUACAUGUUACCAAACAGUGUUUGGCCUACAGCAAUACUACUCUAAUAAUACAAGUACAAUACUACUCUAAUAAAAACAAGUUGAGGUUAAUAUUUUAGUAGGUUUUUGAAAAGUUUUAAAUCUGAAUAUAAAAGUGUAAAUUGUUCUAAAAUAAUUAUCUUUUACGUCUUUGUUUGCAUGUUACCAAACAGUGCUUCCAGUGUUUGGUCUACUGCAAUAGAAAGAGAGAAAAAAGAGAGUGACAAAUAGUUUAUAGAAAUGAUAAUCCUUUGGAUAAAAUUUCAUUUUUCUAAAAUUUAACAUACUCUAUAAAAGAUUACCUUUUUUAUUUUUCAGCAGAAAUCUAAAAGAAGUUGAGGUUAAUAUUUUAGUAGGUUUUUGAAAAUAUUUAUUAUGAAUAUAAAAGUGUAAAUUACAUUUUUUCUGUAAAUUGUAUCAAAUAUAAAAAUAAGACUUUUGAUGUUUAGAGAGGGAAGAAGUUUACAAUAAAUUUUAUCUUAGGGUACACAAAAUCUCUCCUUUUUUUCUUUUUUUAAAAAAAAAAAAAACCUUGAUGGCAAUUUUGGCUGAUUAUACAGUGUUGUGUGCACUGUUUGGGAACCCAUAAAUAUUUUAUUUCUGUAAAAUACUUCUAUUAUUUAAGAGUUACCCUUAGUAUAAUUUUAAUAUUGAUAACUUUAAGGACUUUUUAGGUGCGCACAUUUUUAAAGUUAACCAACAAAUUUAUUGGUUAUUAAAGAUAAAAUUCAUCAAUUUUCCAAAAAAGAUAAAGGAAUUCCACACUUGAGACAAUGUGUGUCAAAUGUCACAGAAAAAAAGUGGUUUUAAUGAAGAAGGAUUUGUGAUAAAAUUUAUUUUGUUGUAUUGAAAUUUGAUUUGUGUGAAGUCCUUAUAUAUAUAUAUAUAUAUGAAUCUACAUUUUAUAAAGGUAAUUUCCUUAAUGGAAUCUCAAAUAUUGUAAUUCUUUUAGUAUUUUUGUUAUUUUCUAUAAAACAAUGAUUUUUC